AUGGAGGCGGUUAUUUUGACAACGAAGAGGGGAUAUGUGCUCCCCCAGCUAAGGAUACAAGGCGUGGACGUUACAAUAAAAGAAAAUAUAACAUACCUGGGAGUAGAACUACAUAGGGUACUCGGCUUCGGCGCCCACAUAAAAACGGCGUCCGCCACGGCUUUGGCGCUCUCAAGAAUAUUGCCAAACAUCGGUGGAUCAGGGCAAAAGAAGAGAAAGCUGCUAUCAACCGUGGUAACAAGCAAACUUUUAUAUGCCUCUCCUUUAUGGGUAGGGGCCCUAGACGUCAAACGUAACGUGGAAGAGCUUCAGAGACCACAGAGGGUCAUGGCCAUCCGAAUCAUAAGGGCUUAUAGAACCAUAUCAACCGCGGCGGCUAUGGUGAUAGCAGGACUGGUACCGGCGCAUCUCCUGGCGUGGGAGCGCUCCGAGAGGCACAGGCGGAAGAGCGAAGAGGACCAGGAACGCGUGAAGGACGUGAUCCGGGAAGAAGUUAUCCACAAAUGGCAGCAAGAAUGGAACCGUGAGCCUAACGGACAAUGGACGAGGAGUCUGAUUAAGGAUCUGUCAGCGUGGGUGAACCGGAAGCAUGGAACCGUGGAUUUUCAUACAACCCAAAUGCUGUCCAGCCACGGGUGCUUUGGGAAGUACCUUUGGAGGUUCAAAAAACUGGACAACCCAAGGUGCAUUGAUUGCGGGGAACCCACGGACGACGUGGAGCACGUGAUGUUCCGGUGCGGCAGAUGGGAGAGGGACCGCCGUGCACUAGAGGUUGUAAGGAUUUGUGUUUUUUGA